CACCCGCCCGCCGGCGCGGGGAAGGACGGCCUGCGGAGCCUCGCGAGAGCUGAGGCGCUGCAGCAGCGGGAGGCGCCGGCCGGCGGGCGGGCGCUGCGGGCCGGGAUCCAGGGGCAGGAGCGGCGAUCGGGGCUUUCGUGGGGACGUGAGAUCAAUUCUUCUGUCCAGCUACCCAAUAAACAAAAGACAGGGAAACACCAUGGGAGAAAGAGUGAACAAUUUCCCCCCUCUCCCCCGAUUCAUCCCUCUGAAGCCAUGUUUUUACCAGGAUUUUGAGGAGGAAAUUCCACCCCUUCACAGAACCACGGUCAAACGUCUUUACUACCUCUGGAUGUUGAAUAGCAUCGCCUUGGCGGUCAAUCUGAUCGGUUGCCUCGCGUGGAUGAUCGGAGGUGGUGGAGCGGUUAACUUUGGACUGGCAAUUCUUUGGCUUAUUCUCUUUACGCCCUGCUCCUAUGUCUGCUGGUUUAGACCCAUUUACAAAGCAUUCAAGACAGACAGCUCCUUCAGUUUCAUGGCGUUCUUCUUCACCUUCAUGGCACAGCUUGUGAUCAGCAUCAUUCAAGCAGUCGGCAUCCCCGGCUGGGGAGUCUGUGGCUGGAUUGCAGCAAUCUCUUUCUUUGGGACCAAUGUGGGCUCAGCUGUCGUGAUGCUAAUUCCCACCAUUCUCUUCACAGCCAUGUCUGUGCUCUCCUUCAUUGCUCUCAGUAUGGUGCACAAAUUUUAUCGAGGAAGCGGCGGGAGUUUCAGCAAAGCCCAGGAGGAGUGGACCACCGGCGCCUGGAAAAACCCGCAUGUACAACAGGCAGCUCAAAAUGUGGCCGUCGGCGCUGCUCACAAUGCCAUGAUGCCGCACGAAACGCAGUAUUCAGCCACCCCUAACUAUAACUACCCCAAUGACAUGUGAGGCGUGAGGACCCCCGUCAGGUGUGAACCCCAGGAGGUGUUGGCUUUAGGUGGGCGAAAGAAUGAAAGAAGGCGUGUGGGUGCGGGCGCGGGUGUGUUCUGCAGGCAUCCGAGGAUGAAUUCCGCCAUCCAGUUGGGGGGGGGGAGGAGAAAAGGUGGUGGGAGGGUGACUCCUAUGAGAAAAUCUCUGAUUUUGAUUCUUCUUCCCGCCCAUGGGGCUGUUCCUGGGUCCCCGUCCUCGGACCCUGUGGCGACUCCUCUCUCCUCCUCCUCCGAAGGAGCGUGUUGCCCUGCAGGACAGUUGUGUUGUCCUGUGGUGCCUGUAUGUGUGUGUGCUAAUUUCUCCUUUUUUUGUGAAACUGUGUAUGGUGGUGUUUUUUGACAUUUCUCGUGGUGAUCAUGAUCUUUCUAGCCGCAUCGGAGCAUCCAAGGGCCAACGGGGAAGCGGCCUUCGCCUCUCCGAGAGGGAAGCCUUGGGCAUUUCACUG